AGAGAGCGCUCAUAAUUGGGACAUUCACUUCGCUCCGACCUUCUAAUCGGAGGGAAGAAGAGGUGAUAAGAACGAGAUAAGAGUCACUAGGUGCAGCGAUCCUGCGAAGUACCGUUACCAGGAUGAGGAGACUCCCCCGCUGGAGCACAGUCCGGCCCACCUGACUCCAGGCAAGAGCGGAGAGCUUCUGCACCUCAGCGACAGCGCGCACGCCCCCAUCGACGGUCUCCACGGCUACGCGCCUCACACGCACCUAUCGCCUAGCAAGCCCGUGUUGUUACCAGGCAGCCAAACUCCUUACUACGCUACCUCCACUCUGAUGAAUGGGAUGGACGGGGAAGUUGAAUAUGAGGAAAUUACGCUGGAGAGGGGGAACUCUGGUCUGGGUUUCAGUAUAGCAGGAGGGAUCGAUAAUCCCCACAUAGGAGAUGACCCCAGCAUCUUCAUCACCAAGAUCAUACCAGGGGGAGCUGCAGCUCAAGAUGGCAGACUGAGGGUGAACGACAGCAUUCUGUUUGUGAAUGACGUGGACGUGCGCGAGGUGACCCACAGUCUGGCCGUGGAGGCUCUGAAGGAGGCCGGCCCCAUCGUCCGCCUCUACGUGCUGCGCCGCAAGCCCGUCUCCGAGAAGAUCAGCGAGAUCAAGCUCAUCAAGGGGCCCAAAGGUCUGGGGUUCAGUAUAGCUGGUGGUGUAGGGAACCAGCACGUUCCAGGAGACAACAGCAUCUACGUCACCAAGAUCAUCGAGGGCGGAGCGGCACACAAGGACUGUCGGCUACAGAUAGGGGACAAAAUACUGGCCGUGAAUAAUGUGUCGUUAGAGGACGUGAUGCAUGAGGACGCUGUGGCGGCGCUGAAGAACACAGCGGAGGUGGUCUACCUGAGGGUAGCCAAGGCCCCCCACCUCUACCCUGGGGACGCCUACAACCCCCCAGAUAUCACCUCGUACUCUCCACAUAUGGACGACAUGGGCCACCCCAACUACCUGACCUCUGAUUACCCACAAACCCUCUCUCCCACCACGCCGCGCCGCUACUCGCCCAUCCCCAAGGGCCUCAUGGGAGAAGACGACAUCCCCAGGGAGCCGCGGCGUGUGCUGAUCCAUCGGGGCUCCACGGGCCUGGGCUUCAACAUAGUGGGCGGUGAGGAUGGCGAGGGCAUCUUCAUCUCCUUCAUCCUGGCAGGGGGACCGGCCGACCUGAGCGGGGAGCUGCGCAAGGGCGACCAGAUCCUCAGCGUGAAUGGGGUGGAUCUUAGGCAUGCAACUCACGAGCAGGCGGCUGCAGCACUGAAGAAUGCCGGCCAGACAGUGACCAUCAUCGCGCAGUACAGACCUGAAGAGUACAGUCGGUUUGAGGCGAAGAUCCACGACUUGAGGGAACAGCUGAUGAACAGCAGCAUGGGAUCAGCCACAACAUCAUUACGGUCCAAUCAGAGAAGCUUUUACAUCAGGGCUCUGUUUGAGUACGAUAAGACGGCGGACUGUGGCUUCCUGAGCCAGGCGCUGGGCUUCAGCUUCGGUGACGUGCUGCACGUGCUGGACUGCUCUGAUGAGGACUGGUGGCAGGCGCGGCGUCUCAGCCCCCACGGGGAGCUGGAGGAGGCCGGAUACGUCCCCAGCAAGAGGAGAGUGGAGAGGAAGGAAUGGUCUCGAAAGUCCAAAGAACGGGCAAGCCUAGGGAGAGAUGACUACAUCCAGAGCUAUGAGGCAGUCACUCAAAUAGAAGUGCACUAUGCACGCCCCAUCAUCAUCCUGGGCCCCACUAAGGACCGUGUCAACGACGACCUGCUGUCCGAGUUCCCCGACAAGUUCGGCUCCUGUGUCCCGCACACGACUCGGCCGAAGAGGGAUUACGAGGUGGACGGGCGGGACUACCACUUUGUGUCGUCGCGGGAACAGAUGGAGAAGGACAUCCAGAGCCACCGCUUCAUCGAGGCGGGCCAGUACAACAGCCACCUGUACGGCACCAGCGUGCAGAGCGUCAGGGAGGUGGCUGAGCAGCAAGGGAAGCACUGUAUUCUGGACGUGUCUGCUAACGCCAUCAGGAGACUGCAGGCCGCGCAGCUCCAUCCCAUCGCCAUCUUCAUCAGACCCACCUCCCUGGAGAAUAUACUGGACAUUAAUAAGCGUCUGACAGAGGAACAGGCGAGGAGAGCUCUGGACCGUGCCAUCAAGCUGGAGCAAGACUUCAUCGAGUGUUUCACAGCCAUUGUGGAGGGCGAGAGCUUCGAGGAGAUCUACCACCGCAUCAAAUCGGUGAUCGAGGACCAAUCAGGGCCUUACAUCUGGGUGCCCACGCGAGAGAGACUCUGAGGAGACGCGGGAGGAAGAGUGGAAGAGGGGGAUAGAGAGAGGGAAGGAGAGAGAGAGAGAGAGCGAGUGGGGAAAGAACACGCAAUGAAAGUACGAUAGGAAACAAGUCAUAGAGAGAGACACAGACAGAAAUGACUGUCUGUUAUUUGCCUUCCAGAUGCUCUCUCUUUCUCUUCCUCUGUCGCUCUCUUCCCUCGUUUUAUUCUUGACCACGUCCCUCCUUCUCUCCGAAUGUCCACUUGGCACCGUCCCCCCCUGGUCCAGUUUGGACAAAAAACGGACACAGAAACUAUCUCUCUGUCUGGACAUUCUGACAGAGGGACACGCAUCUGAAGACCUGAUGUGACCAAGGAGAGAGGAGCGGCCGGCGCCCGAGGAGGAAGAGGAGGAAGAGGAGGAAGAGGAGGGGCGACGGAGCUCUGUGUACACACUGUGGGAGUCUGGAUUAAACAGGAAGAUCAGAAGGACUGCAGGAGGGAGAAGACUUUGUGUUGGAGAGUGUGUGUGAGCUGGCCGAAACACACGUACACGCGUAAAAAUGGUUAUAUGCUACAUGCCAGCGUACACACACACACACACACACACACAAACGCGCGCGCACACACACACACAUACACGUUCACAAAAAUACUUACAUAGCAGCACACUCUCAUACAAAUACUUUUAUUCACACACACACACACACACACACACACACACACACACACACUACAAGUCUAUGUCUGUGAACUGAAGAGAGGUGACCAACAGCAAGGACAGACAAGUACGAAGACUUCUCUGAUGAUGUGUGUGUGUGAGAGAGAGAGUGUGUGUACUGUAUGCGUGUGUAUGUGCAUAUAGCCCUUUGUAGAUUCUCAUAUAUUUGAUGUAUGUAUUUGAAUUCAAAUGCAGAAAAAAAACAUAUAUAUAUAUAUUUGCAGUGUGUGUGAGUGAGAGUGCCUGUGUGUGUGUGUGUGUGUGGUUGGGUGUGUGCAUCUUUUGUACAGUCUUUGAGGAGGGUCUUGGUGCUCUCUCAAAAGUGAAUGAAGGAAUCCUGGGAGGGUACGGUGGCCUGGAGAGGUGAAAAGAGUCCAGCUGGAAAAGGCGAGAGGCAAUAUGACAUCAGAGGAGCACAGUGCACUUUACUGAGACUCUCUCCCUCUAGACCUAACACACACACACAGACACACACACACACAGUAACACACUCUCCACGAUAUACAUACACACACACAGACACACAGACACACACACACACUUGGCCUUUCUACUAAUGUCCUCAGCACUUCUCUUCCCUUCCACUUCCUUCGGUGUGGUGUGUGUUUGUGUGUGUGUGUGUGUGUGUGUGUGUGCGUGUGUGUGCGUGUGUGCGUGCAUGUGUGCGUGCGUGUGUUCAAGCAAGCUCCCAGUUUUUCCAUCCAGAUGAUUUUGUGUAGGGCUAUUGUUUACACACUAGACAGGGAGGGACAGAAAAGAAGGGACAGAGAGAAAGAGCGAAGGAAAAGAGAGGUGAAAUAAACAAGCGAGAGAAAGACAGGAGUAGGGAGAGUGGAAUAUGGAGGUGUGCACACGCACACCUCCAUAGAGGAAUGCAAAAACUGCUCAUUCUUUUCGUUCUACAAAUUUAAUCUACAAAACUAGAGUAUUACAGAUGAAAAUAUCCUGAAAUUAUGACGUAUGACAUAUUAUGUUAAUGAGAUGUAAUAUUUACUUGUUGGGUGGGGCGAGGGAACAUUAUGUUGAGUGUAUGAGUGAUCUGGUAGGUUUUGGUGCAAAAUAUUGUUUCGUUUGGAACUUUCUUUAUGAAUUUGUUUUUAUGAGUUAAAAGGCCUGGAGAGUAGGAGAGGAGGUAGACCUAGUAGAGGUAGACCUUAUUUAUUGACGAGUGUUAUUUAUUUUUUUGGAAAAUGUAUUUAUUAAUUUAUUUAUAAUUUUUGCUUCUUGACUGCAGCUGAGGGAGUGUGAGGUGGGGAAUGAGAGAGGGACAAAGAUGGAGAGAGCCAGAGGUUGUUUUUUUUUUUAAUCUUGUAUAGCACGAUGAGUUUGUAAAUGUCUGGAUGAUGACGAUGAAGAUGAUGACGAUGCUAAUUCUGUACAUAGAAAUGUGUGUUGGACUGUAUGACUCUUAAAGGGGCUUUAACACUCAUCUUUAUCAGGGCAACAAAAAAACACAAGACAUACUCACACACACACGCACACUCACAGAACUCACACUACCGACAUAUGUACAUCGCUGCCUCGCUACAGGACUACGUUUCCCAUAAUCCAUUUAUGCUCAGUGGAUCCAUAGGCAUAUCAGGAGUUAGGUUGGGACAUUAAGUUGCCAUUUUAAGCACACACAUACAGAACCACGCUCGGCAGACCAAUAUUCCUUUAUUGGCUGUACAUGAUUUAUUUAAAAAGGGUACUAUAACCUUGAAAUACAUACAACACACACACACACACACACAUGCAAACACAAAUAUGCACGUCAUCACACAACUGUCACACGACAACACACAUAAACUGAUAAGCGCACACAAAUACUAACCAUUUUCAUACUUAUAAAGACAUUCAUUAAAAAAAAAAAAAUGAAAAAUGAAAACAUGCAUACACAACACAUUCACACACAGGGUAUUACUGAGGUUUUCGUAUGUUUCAUAUCGGUGUUCCCUCCACCCUGUUCAGUUGCUAGAAGCUUCUGUCAUCUGACAUGACUCAACUCCUGAGGCCCAGGAGAACAACUUGAAGGGUUGUCUCACACAAUCGCCUGUUGUAAAUUAGCUAUAAAAUAUUGAAAUAAUGAAUUACAUUAAAAUGUUUUAUGAAGAAA